UCUAUGCUACAAAGUACAAACUGUCAUCACUCAUCAGUGUUACAGUAUAUUGUACAAUAUUUUCUGAUAAUUUCCUUUUUUUCGUCUUGCCUUAAAUACGAAAGUGAUUAAAACAUAUACAAAAGAAAAAUGUUAAGAUUUCGUCCCAAGUUGGGAACGGAGCGCAGUAAGGAGUGGCGUUGUUGUUUCUGUCUUCAUGUCCGCACUGGAACCAUCCUACUCGGCACAUGGCAUUUGCUGCUACACCUGGUAGCUCUAGGUUUCCUAGCAGCUAUUGUGCGUGACCCUAGUCUACUAGAUGAGUUGGAACGUGAUACGGCGCCAGUGGCUGACUGGAGCGACAUAGGGGCCGCGAUGCCUACUCCCCUGUCUAACGUCGAGACUCGUCCAAGCCCCUACCCACAACAUGGACCACAUCCUAGAGAUCAUAGCCUUAUAUAUCAUGAUGUGGAUGUGGGUGCGAUGGUUACAGUGUGUACACUGGCCAUCACACUCAUGCUGAUAUAUGGAGCGUCACGCGGCAAGCCAGCUCAUCUGCUGCCGUUCUUCUGCCUGCAAAUAUUUGACUUUGCCAUCACUGUCCUGACCGCGACCGGCUACCUGUGCUACCUGCGCUCCAUCCACCGCCUGGUGGCGGAGGCGCGCCGCGUGCCGUGGCGCGAGCAGCUGCUGUCGCUGCCCGCGCCCGCACUGGCGCUCGUCGUGCUCGCCACCUUCCUGUUCGCCGUGUUACUAAAGGGCUACUGCAUCAGCGUGGUGUGGCGAUGCUACAAGUACCUGACGAUGCGCACGCACGCGCUGCACAGCCUCACGCCGUUCGUGAUCUCGAGCUCGGGCGCGCUGUCGCCGGGCGCGCCGCUCGCGCCGCCCGCGCCCGCCUACUCCAGCCUGCUGCCCGACUACGAGGAGGCCGUGAAGCAGACCCCGCCGCCCUCCUACCGCGCCGCCACGCUCAUGGCGGCCGCCGACCCCGUCGCCGCUAUUCCACCGUCUGCAGAGCAGAACCAACCCCUGUCCACUAACACGGUGGUGAUGCUUCCCCAGCAAGGCACACAAGCACGUGUCUGAAUCUCGUCGCCUUAAUCUACAUUCUUUCCGUGGAUUAUCAUUAAGCUACAACUACACUAUGAAUUGCACGAUGCUAUAUUUAUAAACCCCUCAUUGUCAUAGGCUUCUAAGAGUAUUAUAUUUAAUGUGAAUUAAUAGCCUAAAAAUAUGUGGGUCGAAAUUAACACAUUUGGUACUGAUCAUCUAUCAUGCCGUUUUUAGUGUAGUAAUAACUUAAUUUGUAUUAAUUUUUCUUUUCAUUUCAUUUCAUUAUUUUGAUUCAUUUCAUUAAAGUACAUUAAGUUAUUUUGUAGGGCUUUAUUAUAUCAACUUAAGAUUGUCACUCUCUUUCUCUUUAUCGAAGCUUAAAUUUUUUUUCCGUUAUUUAUAUCUUUUAAAACACUAAAGUAAAAUCUUAUUUUGCUAGUACAUACAACGCCAUGUAUAUAUGGGAACAAAAACAAAUAUUCAACAGACUUUGAAUGUUUGCAUAAGCUUAUUAGUCGGUAUUCGUUAAAUAUUUUGUUUAUGAAAAAAGGUAAAUUUGAAGUUAAAAUGAGAAAAUAGUUUUGAAGUAAAUAAGUAAGUACCUUAUAAUUAGUAAGAUGACCAUUAGAAAUUGAUUUUAGGAAACUU